AAAGCGGACGCAAAUAUUUAGUGUUUAUAAUGUUUAUAGGAAAAUUGGUAUUGAUCAGUUCGGAUGAAGGACAAAUUGAAACAGAAGAGUUGCUGUCGUGUUCUUCGUGGUAUUGUAAACCGAAUAUUGACUGGAUGCGUUCCCAUUCAAGGGGAUAUUUCACAGACAUGGGAUGCUCAUGUGAUCAGUUUUGCAAAAUAAUGGGUGACUGUUGCAUGGAUUAUAAUUCAACCUCGGAUUCUGAUGCGGUAGUUCAUAAGAUCGAACCAUAUGUCGGAUGUGUCAAUGACUCGACUGUAACUAACGACGAUGGUUUUCUGGCUGUUGUCAGUUGUCCAAGUGGUUGGCUCGGAUCGGAGACAAACGACGCAUGCAUGUCCAAGAACAUAAGCGAUCUAAUGCUGAGACUUCCGGUCACUGGGAACACAUCCGGGCUUCUAUACCGCAACUUGUACUGUGCUGUGUGCCACGACGAACCUUAUCAGUUUUGGAGACCGAAGGCGGAAUGCAACUCACAAACAUCAUUAAAUAUUAAUCCUGAAUCAACGAUAGAGGAAAUCCUGGUUAAUCCAGAGUGCCAACUUAAAUUCCUACCUCCCACCAAAGAAGAUAAAUAUCGACCAUGUAAACUGGAAGUCAUUAGAAGGUGCGCUCCCGACUUCAACAACACUGUAAAGGUAUCUGCAUGUGAGACAAGUGUGUACAUGCAACUAGUGUAUUCCUUUUCGGGUUGGACAUAUUUCAAUAUGGAAUGUGCUCAAUGUAACCAUCAACCCCCGUUCUGCUUCAUUAUUGAAAAGGCUGAAGCGGUUCAAAGCUUAGGUUUGUAUUCUUUCUCAGUUCUUCUGGAUCUAAAUGACAACUCUGGAUCAGCCAAAGUAGGCUAUCGACAUAUAACAAUGGAGCGAGACCUUAACCUGACACACGCAUGUUCAAGGUUCCAGAUUUACGAUCCCUUCAUUCGGGAGUGCCGGAGAGUUCUCAGAGAUAUCAGGCUUCGUCCAGGACUGAUUUCAAGUACGGAAUCAAUGUUUAAUGAUUGUACAAGACUUCAAUUAAACGAAAGCGAGUUUGUUAUAGCUGGAGACGGCACACUGGAGACCUUAUCAGGAUAUGUAUACAGCAGGAAGGAAUACUAUCAUGAUGGAGAAUAUACAUAUGUGUGUACUAAUUUCUCAGAAUCUACCAGGUUCUUUGACAAAAAUAUAGUGUUAACCUUCUCACCCACAUCAGCUAUUAUCACAACAAUAUGCUUAUUUGUUUCAUUAGUAGGCUUGCUGAUUACCAUGGUGAUAUACGCUGUCGUCAAAACGCUGAGAAAUAUUCCUGGGAAAAUUCUCCUCUCUCUAACCACGUCGUUGUUCUUUGCCAACCUGGCUGUGCUCUUCGCACCACGGGCAGAAAGUCUUCCAACUUUAUGUAAAGUUAUUGCGGCGUUGAUGCACUAUCUGUUCCUGGACGCAUUCUUGUGGAUGAACGUAAUGGCGGCAGAUGUCUGGUUCACAUUCUCCAAGAGUUUUGUCAAGGCGGGCGAUGGUGGGAAGUCGUCGAAGAGGUUCAUAUUUUACAACGUUUAUGUCAGGGGAGUUGCCAUCGUUCUUGUAACGGCAGCCGUAACUGUCGACAACGUGGUCUCUGAUAGUCAGUUCAAGCCAAAUUACGGACGUGGAUUAUGCUGGAUAACAAACAAACGAGGCCUACUUGUGUUCUUUGCUUCGCCCUUAUUUCUUCUCAUUUGUCUUAACCUAGGAUUUUUCUUCAUUGCUGCCAAGAAUAUCCACGAUGUUAAGCGGAAGUCUGCUAUCUAUUUGGACAAAGGUGACAGGAGCCAAUUUGGUAUUUAUGUUAAACUGUCUGUUGUAAUGGGAUUGACGUGGGUGUUGGGGUUCUUGGCCUCGCUGUUCCCUUACACCGUAAUGUGGUGCAUUUAUAUAAUCUUCAACACUCUUCAAGGCAUAUUUAUAUGUGUAGCGUUUGUGUUUACAAGGAGAGUUUUGUAUUUAGUCCGAGAUCAUUACAUCAACCCUUGAAGACUGUCUGGUGUUUCUGACCAGAGGCAUUCAAGGCUCUCGCGUAACACUGUGUUGACUUACCAGAUCACCGAAAGUCGGCUUUGAGUUAUCGUCAAGUAACGUAGAAUACAUGGUUUUGCCAG